UUGUCUCUUUGUCCGAGUGACAGAGGAAGCGGAAGCCGCUGGGGGUGGCGGCGCUAGGACUUCCUGUUGCCAGGUCCCUUGUUGUCUUGGAACAAGGCAACGGGGUGCUACAAGAGAACAGGAAUCAUGGAUGAAUUUUCAGAUCCCGAUCUGGCCGCUUUGGGUGAGGAGUCCAAAUCGGAGAAUGGGGAGAAUGCCCCUGUCUACUGCAUCUGUCGCAAACCAGAUAUCAACUGUUUCAUGAUAGGCUGUGAUCAUUGCAAUGAAUGGUUCCACGGCCAUUGCAUUAACAUCACCGAGAAGAUGGCCAAGGCUAUUCGGGAGUGGUACUGCAUGCAGUGUCGAGAGAGAGACCCGAGCCUCGAGAUCCGGUAUCGGCACAAAAAGUCCAAAGAGAAAGAUCGCGAGGGUGAGCGGGAGCGGGCCGAGAAGGAUGAUCUGCGUGCCAAGGCCCAGGAGCUAGCUAUGGAGCAGAGUCGUAGCUCAAAGCAACAGAUCAAGCGUUCGGCACGGAUGUGCGGCGAAUGCGAGGCCUGUCGGCGCACAGAGGAUUGCGGGCAGUGCGACUUUUGCCGCGAUAUGAAAAAAUUUGGGGGGCCGAACAAAAUCCGCCAGAAGUGUCGCCUCCGGCAGUGCCAGGUUCGGGCUCGGGAGUCCUAUAAAUAUUUUCCAGCUUCGAUGUUACGGGGGCGGGAGGAUGAUCUGCAGAUGCUAAAGGAACAGCUAGAGUCGGCGGCCACCCCCGAGCCUCUGUCGGAUGAUGACCUGCACAUAGACCCCGAUUUGUACCAGGAGUUUUGUUCGGGGGCCUUCGAUGAUCAGAACCUGCCUUGGCUCAGCGACACGGAUGAUGCUCCGUUCCUCGAUCCUGUCCUGCGGAAGCGUGCUGUGAAGGUCAAGCAUGUCAAGCGACGGGAGAAGAAAUCUGAGAAGAAGAAGGAGGAGAAGUACAAGCGUCACAAGCAGAAGCAGAAGCACCGCGACAGGUCGAAGCACGCCGAGCGCAUCGACACCAAAGACCCUUCCUCGCUGCACCAGUGCCUGGGCCCUGGCUGCAUCCAGGCCGCCCGGGCCAACUCCAAGUACUGCUCCGACGAAUGCGGCAUGAAGCUGGCCGCCAACCGCAUCUACGAGAUCCUCCCACAGCGGAUUCAGCAGUGGCAGCAGAGCCCCUGUGUGGCGGAAGAGCACGGCAAGAAGCUGCUGGAGCGGAUCCGGCGGGAGCAGCAGCAGGCCCGGUUCAAGCUGCAAGAGAUGGAGCGCAAGUUCCACGAGCUGGAGGCCAUCAUCGUCCGGGCCAAGCAGCAUGCCAUCAAGGAGGACGAAGAGACCAGCGAAGGAGACAGCGACGACACCGACUUGCAGAUCUUCUGCGUCUCCUGCGGCCACCCCAUCAACCCCAAGGUGGCCCUGCGUCACAUGGAGCGGUGCUACGCUAAGUACGAGAGCCAGACGUCCUUUGGGUCUAUGUACCCAACGCGGAUCGAAGGGGCAACCCGUCUUUUUUGUGACGUCUACAACCCGCAAAGCAAGACCUACUGCAAACGCUUGCAGGUUCUGUGCCCGGAGCACUCCCGUGAUCCCAAGGUGUCCGCAGAUGAGGUGUGUGGUUGUCCGCUCGUAAAAGAUGUCUUCGAGCUCACCGGGGACUUCUGUCGGGUGCCCAAGCGGAAAUGCAAUCGACACUACUGCUGGGAGAAGCUGCGCCGGGCCGAGGUGGACUUGGAGCGAGUGCGCGUGUGGUACAAGCUGGACGAGCUGUUUGAGCAGGAGAGAAACGUGCGGAUGGCCAUGACGAACCGGGCGGGGCUGCUGGCCCUCAUGCUGCACCAGACGAUCCAGCACGACCCGCUGACAACAGAUCUGCGCACCAGCACUGACCGCUGAGCCGGUGAGUCCUGGGUACUGGCUUUGCUU